GGACGAUCUCCUUUUAAAAAUCAAUACAUUCAAACCAGAUGGUGGAAUCAAUUACUUAAAUAUUUUGCUCCUUGGACAAGCUGCCGCUGGAAAAUCGUCAUUCUUCAAUACAUGCUGCACUGCUUUAAUGGACGAUGAGAAACUAAUGACAAACAAUCAAGUAUACCAGGGCGCUUCCAAGAGUGUAUCAACAUCGGUUGAAGCAAUUCCAAUGAGAAAAAAAGAUGGAAAAAUCCUACCACUACGGCUAUUUGAUUGCAGAGGACUCAAUGUGGUUCACGGAGUACCCAUUGAGGAUAUAAGAUUGAUUAUUCAAGGUCACGUGAAAAGUGGAUACAAUAUUAACCCCGUGGCACCCAUAACCGAAGACGACCAAAAAUAUAGAAAGGAUCCGGAAAAGAAGGACCUCAUGCAUUGUAUUGUGUAUGUAGCGAAUGCAGGUAAUCCUUCUGAACAGUUGACAGAUGAGGAAACCGAGAAGCAAAUAAGACACGUCAGAGAAAAAAUAGCCGUGCAACAUUUGCCACAACUGGUUCUUUUCACCAAUAUUGACAAGGUUAGAAUUUCAAAUACGAAUGAUUUAAUGGACAUCUUCAGAAGCCAGGGAGUAAGGGAUACAUGUACCAAAGCUGCUGAAUACAUGCAAAUUCCAUUAAUGAACGUCCUACCGAUGUCAAACUAUCAUGAAGAAAAUCUGCCUACUUUGGAGAAAGACAUUCUAGCUCUCUUCUAUCUACUGACCAUGAUGCAAAGAGCAAAUGAAUACAUAAUCCGCAUUACCAAAGAUGACGUCCCAGAUGAUUUUUAUGAUUAAUCAUUUUUGAAAGAUAACUAUUGAUUCCAGGCAAUAGGUUUCUACAUUGUAGAGAUAGCUACAUGUAUAUAUCAUAUUUGAAUUGCAUGGUUAGUGUAGUUUCUUGGAUCUAAGAUAGGUCAGUGUGAUAUACUAAUGUGUACUAAAUCGAACUUGUAUAGAAUUUUAUGACUUUACACUGUUCGUUAUCUUCACCUUACAUUUACAAUGCGUGUUAUCCCCGUCUGUGAUGAUAAUUUAGUUUGGUGUUAUGUUCCACUUUCUCUUUUGUUAUCAACAUAAGAUUUAUUGUAAUGGAAAUUUUAGAGCUUCAUUUUGUAAAUCUAGCAGUUUAAUCGUGAAAAGAAGGGCCAUUGCUAAUUGUUUUGAAUAAAAUUGCAAGUACUAUAGUAAAACUCCACUAGAAUUCAUUUUACACAGGAUAUAAGGGUAUUAGAUUUACCUACAAUUAGUCUUUGAAAUCAAUAUAGAUGUCUACAUGUGGUUUACUAUUAUAUUCAGAAAGAUAUAAAUCUACAUAUAUAUAAAGUCUUACAUAUGA